CCUGGAUAAACAAAAAAAGGUACGUGAGGCGGGUUCAAAAUUUCGAAUAGAAAGCGCGGGAUGAUGAUUGGCCAAUAGAAACGGCCGUUAGUACGAGCCAGGUGCAACGGUCUGAGUUCAUGGCAAAAUCUGUCAAAUCAGGAAUACGCGUCAUUUGCCUGCACGAAACGUCGAAUAAUAAUAAAAAAAAAACAUAAUAUUCCGUGCCUGAUUUUUUUUCUUCCCGUCUCGUUUUGUUUUGUUUACGAACGGCUGCUUGAAAUUGUGCCCGUAACUACUUGCAAGUAAACGACCGCCAGUGUGUGAUAAUAAUGUUUUCGUAACGGCGGUGAACAGUAAUUUGCGAUGCUAACGAGUGCGUUGUUUUCGGAGCCCGCGAAGGUCACAUGACCACGUCUCGGCACCCGUCGUUGGCCCGUUAACGUCCGUUUUCGCGCGCGCACUACUUGCACACGGGGCCCAUACAGCUGUGCGUGUCCGUGAUUACCGCCGAAGAAUAUCAAAAUAAGACAGCGACACUAUUGAAAUUGUAGGAUAAGAGCUUCGUUGGCACCCAACAACUGCCACUACUCCAGUAUCGGUACGCCGAUUUUUCUACGCCAAUCGAUCUGGCGGUUUUUGUUUUUGUUGUUGUUUUCAUUGUCGUUCCCGUCAAAUAACGGUCGGUGGUGAUAACGAUUCUCUACCGACUGGCAAACGACGACAAGAACCAUGUCCGGUAGGCCUAAGCGAAGGGGUCGUCCCCCCAAAACUCCGGGUACGGACAAGCCAAAGUUUCAGAUGCACUUAUUGAAGAAACCUAAAUACCUGCAAAAUGUUGAAGCUGUUGCUCCUGCAGUCUCUGGACGGUCUGUGGCAUCGCGUCGCAGUGCUCCUGCGUCCACGGUUAGUCGUAGUGUUACACUCCUUGAAACGACACCUCGCACUACUCGGCGUUCCGCUCAAAAAUCCAAAACGCCUACUGUUGCUAAACCCAAAGCAACUCCUCGCACAUCGAACGCUAAUAAGAAAAAGAAGUUUGUGGCAGCCGUAUCAAAUAAAAGUCACGAUUACCAUUAUGGUUCAGACUUUGAAGAGUCUGACAAAAGCGAACUUACAGAGACUGAACAGUCUGAUACCAAUGCAGAAGAUGUAGAUGAUGUAAGUGAUAGCGAUUUCUCUGUUUCGGGCUUUUCUGUUGCCAGCCGUGCACGUAAAAGCAAUGUUUCCUACAUUAGAAAUCCUAGUCCUGAACCAUUGUGGCUUAGAGACGAAGAAAUACCUAUAUUAGAGCUACCCAAAUCGUCCGAAGACCUCCUAGUGCCUACUGAACAUAUCAUGCAAGCUCUAUGUGUUUAUGAAGUUUUAAGACGCUUCAAAAAUCAGGUAAAUAAUAUUUGAAUACAAUUUCCAUUAGGUACAUGAUUUGUUUGUAUCAUUAUGAAUUCAACUACUUAAAAUAUGUUCAUAUAGGUGCGAUUGUCGCCAUUUCGAUUUGAAGAUUUUUGUGCUGCUCUUGUAUAUGAAGAACAAAGCUAUUUGUUGGCUGAAAUUCAUUUAAUGUUACUCAAAGCAAUAUUGCGUGAAGAAGAUUUGCAACAGACACAUUAUGGUGCUGUUGAUCAAAAAGAUAGUAUUAAUAGCGUAUUGUAUUUUAUGGAUACUAUUACGUGGCCUGAUGUAUUAAGAGAAUAUAUUGAGUCUGAUAAAUCAUUUGAUCCUCAAGUACUAAAAGUAUUUAAUAAUGGUGAUGAAUACCCAUUUACCAACAUCAAAAAUAGAUUAACUGUAUUACAGUUUUUAACCGAUCAGUUCAUAACCUCUACGCCUAUUCGAGAAGAUUUUAUUCGGGAAGGUACGUACGAUAAAUAUAUUAUAAUUCACCAUGUUACUACUUAAAUAUAAAUUAUUAUUAAUCUAUUUUAAUUUGUAGGACAGAGUUUUCAAUAUGAUGAUCAUUGUCGAGUAUGCCAUAAAGUAGGAGAUCUUUUAUGUUGUGAAACUUGCCCAGCUGUUUUUCAUUUAGAAUGUGCUGAUCCUCCUUUACAUGAUGUUCCUACAGAAGAUUGGCAGUGCACUUUGUGUAAAGAGCACAAAGUUAUAGGAAUAUAUGAUUGUUUACCAGAUGACGAAAAAAUUGGUUCAACUUCCCAUCGUCAAGAUCAUUUAGCUUACGAUCGACAUGGUCGUAAAUAUUGGUUUCUAGUUAGACGAGUUUUUGUGUAAGUACAUCAAUGUUUAGUAUUUAAUUUUGUUUAUUGCAACAAAGUAUAUACUAAUUAAUAAUUUUGCAUACCUAGUGAAAAUGAAGAAACUGGAGAAUGCUGGUAUUAUACGACGGAAGAACAAUUUAGCCUGUUAAUCGACUCAUUGGAUUCUGAUAUGGAAUCUAUUCUUCUUGGUGAAAUAGAAAAAAUCAAAAAUGAAAUUAUUAGACAAAUGAAAAUAACUAUGGAUUUGACUUUACAAUAUCGACCAUCUAAUAGAAAAACAUUUUUAGAAUUAGAAAAUAGUAUGUAUCCUAUUGAAAAUCACUUAAACCAAGAACAGUAAAAUACACUUUUUAAUUAUGAUCUAAACAAAUUCUGAUGUUUAGAUCAUAAUUAAUAUUAUAUGUGACUUUUGAUAAUAUUUUAAUUUUGUAAUUAAAACAACAUAAAGAAUAUCUAUUUAUAAAUUUUAGGUAGCAUAAUAGGCAUGAGGGAAGAAAUGCAAAAGAAAAAAGAAGAUGAAUCAGAAAAAAAUAACACAAAUACCUUAGAAGAUAUAAAUGAUGAUGAUGAUAAAUCAAAUAAAGAUAAUGCUGGGAAAAGUGAUAACCCAAAUGAUAUACAUUCAGACAAAAAAAAUGGCAUGUAUUUAAUAUAAUAUUUCUAACUGCAUAUUUAUUUUGUUAAUUGAAAUUUUAAAUUUUAUUUAAAAAAAAUCCAGGUCUUCAUGGUGAUGACAAAAAUAAUGAAAACUCAAGUAAUGUUGAUGAAGGAGAAAAUAAUCAUAGUUUAAGUAAGAGAAAAUAUUUUUAAACCUGAUUUGAUUUACUAUUUUAAUGAUUAAUUUUUUUUUUUAGGGAGUACACGUAAUAGAUCUUUACGCCCAAAACCCACACAAGUACAACAACGUCAAACCCCUGAACAGCUUAAAAAACAACCUGUAGUUGAAAAAUCUUCUCCAGUUCUUUCAUAUAUCGAAAGUAUAGGUGCUAGGCUAACACGAUUCAAAGCUCAGCACAUAGCAGCUGGUACUUAUCUGUACAAACUUGGCAUGGAUAAUGGUUUCAAGACAUAUGUUAACCAGUAUAGUUCUAAUCCAACUGCAUUAAAUAAAAUUCAAAAAAAUGAAGAACGUGACAAAAAACGAUAUAUGUCUCAUAAGUUUUCACUUACGGGACCUGGUGAAUUCAAAUGGCAUGGACAAAUAUUUGGUAUGUAUUUUUUUUUUUCUUUUGUUAGUUUUUCCAUUGUGUAUUAUUUUAGUAUGUGUUUUAUAAUUUAUUUAUCUUUUUUUUUUAGGCGCACGAUCAACACUUGUUAAUACAGUUAAACAAACUAUUAUUUCAUUGGACAACUUGUUGCCAUCAUCAUUAAUGCAUAUUAGUUGGCCAAUGUUACGUAAACCAUGGUUAAAUCAAGUGAACUCUUGUUCUACUCCUAAGGAUUUUGCAAGAGUUAUGGUUGUUUUGAUGUCCUGUAUUAAACCUGUUGUUUAUGCUCCAGUUUGGCAUGAACAACUCGGUAAUUAUUGGAUACCUAUAAAUAUAUUUUACUAAUAAAAUAUAUUAGCUUAAUUUUAAUUAUGAUAUUGGGGUUUUGUUUCAGGUCAUGUAAAAAUGUAUCGUAUUACUCAUGCUGAACGAGAAGAAAAGAAAAAAACUGACAAAAAAGAUAAAAAAGAUAAAGACGCAGAAGAAGAAGAACGUAAUAAAUUAACUAUACAUUUUGUGAAGUAUACUCUUGGUUUAAAACAUCAAGUAAGAUAAAGAAAAUGUUUAUAUUGAAGUUUUUCUAAACAUUUAUGUAUUUAUUAGGUUCACAAACAAAAAGGGGAAGAGUAUAGAAUUCAUGGCCAAUGGGGAUGGCAGUGGCUAUCAAAAACUCGCGACUAUAAAUUAGCUGAUUCUUCGAAACAGGGCUUAGCAGCUGGACCAGCUAAACGAAUAUUUCAAGGCAAAGGCAAGUGUUAAAACAAUAUUUUAUAGCUUGAAAUCUUAUUAUAUUUUAUCAUUUAUCUUGUUAAAAUAUGAUUAUUAAUGUAAAAAUAUCUAAAAGUCUUAAGAAAAUAAAUUGUCUUUAAUAAAAAAAGGUUUUGUUUUUGUAUUUAGAUGAUAAAGGACUUCGAACAUAUUCUAUUACAGAAACAUUAUAUGAAUCUGUAAUACUGAAAGAAUGUACAUUUGACUCUGAAGUAUCUAUUGAAAUUGCUGAUGAUCAAAAUGUCACACAUUUAGAUAGUGUUUCAGGUUACAAUUUAAAUAGAAUUAUCAACAAAAACAUUUUCUUUACCUAUUCUAUUUAUUAUUUCAGAUAUAGAUUUUGUAAAUAUGAAAAUUUUAUCACCAGUUAACAAACUUGAUGUAAAUGUCAAUAUAAGUAAAGCGUUAUUUUCUGCAAGUCGUAUAUUGUAUCCAAAAGUUGCUAAAAAGUGUAAAAUUGAUAUGUUGUUGCUAAGAAGAAUGCAAUUAAAAUCAGCUGAAGAGAAAUCUUUAACAGUAAAAACUAUUACCUCCCCUAAACAAGGCUCAAAGGUAAAUAUAUACUAUUAUGGCCAAUGAUCUUUAUUUAUAAAUUAGAAACAUCUAAUGUUAGAUACCUUUUUUAAUGAUUGGAGUUAUUAGAUUUUACAAUUAAAAGUAGAUAUUUUGAAAAAAAAAAACUUUAUUAAAUUUUUUCUUGUCUUAAUCUAUAUUGUCAUUCUCAGUUUUUUAAUUUUUCCUUAGUAUGAAAAUGUUACAACUUCAAGUGCUUCCAUAGAAAAUCCAUCAGACAUCGCCAUUAUUAAUAAAAUAAAAGAUAAAUCUUUAUCUUUAAACUCUUUACAAACACGAGUGAUUGAACUUAAACAACAUUAUCUGUCAUUUAAUACCAUGUCAGAACACGUGAUAUGCUAUAAUAAAAGCUGUCGAGCCGCUAACAAAUCUAGUGUAACUCCUAUGUGUUACAGUCCACUUUGUAUAAGACACGUCCGUGUACGAAAUGAACUCUUAACAUUAUUGAGAAAAAUGAAUAUUUUGAAGUCUGAAUUAACUGGUAAGUAUUUGAACCUAGUAAAUAAUUGUUGAAAUUUAAUUUUUGGUUAACUUUUAUAUAUAUAUAUAUAUCUAUUUGUAGAAUUAAGAUCAUCUUUAUCUAAAAACUAUGGUGUAUUAAAUAUAAAAAAUGAAAAUACAAAAAAUACUCAGAGUCAACAAGUUAAUAAGGAAAUAAAAAGUGAGAACAAUAUUGAAGUUAAAAAAGAAUAUGUAAACAUUAAACAAGAAAAUGAGAAGGUCAAAACAGAGAAUGAAAAUGAACAAAAUGUAAAAGUUGAUGUUACCACUUGCAGUCCCACUGAGUAUGUUUUAUUUAGUUUUAAUAAAAUUUAUUGUAUAACUCUACAAUGUUAUGUUUUACAAAUUUUGGAUUUAUAUGAAAUCAUGUUGUUACAUAUAAAUAUUAAUACCUAAAAUUUAAGAUUACUAAUGAACUCACUUUUAGACAUAGUGUUUUGAAGCCAGCAAGAAAAAGAGGUGGUGCUAAACGAGAAGGUGUUUUAGUAGAUUGUGUUGAUGAUGGUCGUAUUUAUUCUACGGGUGAUACAAGAAAAAAGGUUAAUUUAUUUAAUAAUUAUUUAUUGUUAAACAUUUUUAAAUCAUAAUUAUCUUAAAUAAAAUUAUGUCUUUUUUAUUUAUAUAGAUUUAUUUGAAAAAACUUCUAAGUAAUAACACUAGCACAGCUAUUAAAAAGAAAGCAGAAAAAAUAAAUUACCCUCCAACUUCACGAUUUUAUACACGAAGUAAACGUUGUAGUUUAUUAGUCUUACCAAAACAUGAACUUCGUAAAUUAGCCAGGCAUGCUGGUUAUGAUAUUGUUAAUGGUUUCAAUCCAAAUGCCAAGGUAUAUCUAUAUAUUUAUAUAUAUAAUUGUGUUGUAUGUCUUUAUCUGAUUACAUUUUUCUUUCUAGACUAAUAAUGCCAUCUGGCCUUAUCCUUGUCCAAGACCAUUUUUUAAAACAUGUUGGUUGUACAGAACAAUAACGUUCAAUACUAUAUCAGCUGCUGCAUUACAAUUAAGAAUUUUAUGGACUUGUCUAAAAUGGGAUGAAUUGACUGCUAAGACUGCAAAUUUAGCUAGUAAACGAGAAGUAACAACUGAAACUGAAUUAGUUACUACAGAAACACUAGAGUGCCGUACCUCUGGUCAGUUUAAUGAACGUACUGAAUAUUUAAUCCGCAAAGUUGUAAUACCAUUAGAUGUACCAAAACAAGUGAGAGGUAAUAUCAUUGCGUUAAGUAUUGAAUUUUAUUUUGUUUAAAAUCAAUAUUAUCUUUUUAGAGGUAACGCCUAUACGAAGUGGUUUAAGAAAACGUAAAAGAGAAGAAACCCCUAAAAAUACAGCACCUCAGGUCUCCGAAGUAUGGGUAGACGAGAGCAAACUAGAGCUUGUAGAAAUCAAACAGUUUCAUGAGAGGUUUAUACUAAUGUUAUUUAUCAUUUGUACAGAUAUUUAAAUCAUUUAUUCUUACAGAGUGGAACGUGAAAUACAAAUGAAACAAUCUAUGAAAACACGAGCAUCUUCUGCUUUUACAAAUAAAUUAUUAAAUACUGAUUCUUCUCAUAAUAGAAAUAUCAAUGAUAAGCUCUGUGUUCAAAAUUCAGAAACAACAGAACACAUAAAAGAACAACUAGAGCAAUCUCUUAGAGCUCAACGAUUAGCUUAUAAAAGGUCAUCAAUACACAAUGAAAUAAACUCUGCAAAUAAAAAAAUGCGUCUGGAUAUGUUGCCUAACUCUCAAAAUCCCAUGACUAGCAGUCCAACACAACGUAUGAAACUUGUACCAGGUAUGACAAUUUGUCUAAAUAUUGCGCAAAAUUUAUUUACGAAAUAUUUUAGUAGUUAAUCUCUAUCAGUGAUUGAUAAAAAUGUAAAACAUAAUUUAUCAGAUUGUAUUUAUGAUUUAUGUAUAGGCGAAGGUGGAAGAUUAAGACUGAUGCCUAAUAAUAAAUCAAUAGUUCAAAGACCCUCAUUGGGACAGUCCUCACCACAAGCUGCUACUAAAUCUUCUCCGUCAACCCGUCGUAUAUUUAUGACCAAAUGUAUGUAUUAUUUACUAUAUACUUUAAUAAAUGACUUAAUUUGAUACAAUUGAUCUUUUAGGUUCAGAUGGUAAAACUAGAAUUGUGACUACACCUAAAGCAAUUAUUUCUGAUACUAAUACAAUAAACCAAAACUCAUUAAAAAUUCAGUCAACUAAUUCUCAAAUAAUAACUAGUAAGUUGAAUUUUAUAUUUUAAUAUUAUUGUAAUAUCUAAGUAAGGCUUUGGACAUAUUGUGCUUGUAAUACAAAAAAAGCACUUAAAAACAUAAAAAAAGCGCUUCUAGCAAAUAUUAUUAGACAAAAUGUUAGAAGGGUUUAAAGGUCCCCUCUAAUGACUUCAAAUUAUUAAAUAUAAUUUUCUAACGCUACACAAAUUAUUGACAAAAAAUUAUUUUGUUCAAACAAAAUUGGUUGUAUUAUAAAAAAUAUAACUUGGUUUAAUAGUUCAUGCAGAUUUGGCAAAUUUUAUUUGAUAAAUAAAAGUCUUAAAAAGAGGAACAUUUAAACCAUUCUACCGUUUUUGCUUUUUUAAAUAUUUUUCAGAACUUUUUUGAUGUUUUUGAGAGGUUUUUUUGUAGAUUUUAAGUGCAAUAAGUUCCGAGCCCUAUAUACAACUAAUAUGAUAUUUUUAUUAUGUUUAGCAAAUAAUGUCACACAACAAAAAUUACAAUGUAUUAAAGGUGAAGAUGGCAAAUUAAAAUUCAAAGGUCUUUUACCAGGUACCAAAUUUAAUUAUCUGAAUUUGAUUUAAAUGUUACAACUUCUAUUUUAUUUUAUUACUACAGGACAACAACUUAUUCAAUUACCAGAUGGAAAAUUGCAUGUAACUAGUUAUAUAAAUCAAAGCCCGUCUACUCGAACUGUACAAAUAGCAAAAAACCCAUUAUUGACUAAUAACAAUAAUUUUACAAAACCUGGAGCUCAAGUAGGUCUUCAACAUUUUAAGACAAUAUUAACAAUGUAACUUAAAUAUAAUAUAGUGAAAGUGAUGAUGAUAAAAUGUAAAAACAAAAAUCAGUCAUGUGUGUGGGCAGAUAAAUAUAUGGAUAAUAAGAGAUAUUGAUUAAAAUACAACAUUUUAAAGAUUAUUCGUUUAAUUUUAAAUAUGAUUUUUAAGAUAUUUGUUUUGUUUUUUUUAGUGCAAUGAAUCUGCACCCUAGAUUAUUAUUGUAUAUAUAAUUUAUAAACAGUUUUAGAAAAAACAUCUUAGAGCUGUUACAUGGGUUAUGACUACAGCCUAUCAUAAGUAACUCAACAAGUUUAAUCAAACCCACAACUAUUGGUAAACUAAUUGUUUACUUAACUUUUUCCAAAAUGUAUUAAUAUUAAAUAAUUUAUAAUAAUUAGAGCAAAUUGUGUUUUUUACAAAGGCUGGUAUAUAAAUAAUUUAAUUUCUUUGGGAUUAUCUGUUAGAAUGGAGCAUUGCAAUUAUUUAUUUAUUUGCAUUUAGUAUACAAAUAUUAUAGUUAAAAUGUUUUCUAGUUUUGGUUGGCAGAUUAGUAUUAAAUAGUGUAAACUGGUAAAUUUAAAUUAAUUUUUAUACUUAUUAAACAAGUAUUCGUCAUGCACUCUUGUAUUGUUUUUGUAUAAUAAUUAAGCAUUUUAAAGUAAAUAAUAUAUUUGCAGGCAAUAAUUUUAAACCGAGGAACUCAGCCUAUUCAACAAGUUUUGAAACCCCAGACAUCUCCAGUAAUACUAUUUAUAUAUAUUUUAAUAAUCUUAUUCAAAAUUUAUUUUAAUAUAAUUAAUUCAAAAUGAUUAAUAAUUAUCAGCAAUACAAAAUAUAUUAUAAUUAACAUUACAUUAAUGAAAAAAAAAAUUGUUUAUCAGAUGGUUGUUUCUGGUGGACAAUUGCUGAGCGUAACCCAAGGACAGCAAAUGAUUAUGCAGCAUAUAAAUCCAAAUAAAGGUACUAUAGCCACAAUUAAUGGACAGCAAGUGUUAUUACGAUCUAAUGCUGGUAAUUUAAUAAUGUCAAUAUUCAUUAAAGAUUAAAUUUAAACAAAAUUGUUAAAUUAUUAGGAAACUCUACUAAUAUAUUAAGUAGCAGUGGUCAAGCGAUUAAACUUGUGCGUCCUCAUCAAAAUGUACAAAAAGUUAAUCCAUCUGUACCUCCAUUAUCACCUCGAAUAACUCAAUCAAUUCACUCGAUUAAUCAACCCAAUCAAGUAAAAUUUAUGAUUUUUUGUUUAUUACUAUACUAUAAUACUGAAUGACUAAUUAUUAUAGGAUCAACAAACAGUAUCUACCAUGUCAUUGGCAGAUGAACAAGAAAAAUUACUAUUAGCCAAUCAACCACCUGGUACUAUUAUCAAAUGCAUUACAGCACAGGUUAUUCAAAGUGCAAUACAUGGUAAUAAAAUUGUAUUGCAAGGGUUGCAAAAUAAUGAUUUUACACCUCAGCAGUUAGCACUCGUGCAGCAACAAGUUAAACAACAACUUUUAAAGGGUGAGUAAAUGUUAGAUAUAGAACCUACUUAUUGGUUUAAUAUUUUUAAGAUCUAGGACAAUUGGUCCUGCAAAAAAAUCCUGUCAAUUAGCUCUAGUCAUAAUUAUGUAUACAGACAAUUGGUCCCUUGCUAAUUUUUAUUUUCUUCACUCAAUUUUAUUUUUCUGUUGGUGGUUUCAAAACAUUCCAUUAUUAUUAUUAUUAUCAUUAGACACUAGACAUAAUAUAUAGAAUGAGAACAACUUAGCAUCUCGUAUCAUAUUCAAAAAUGUAAUAUCAUAAUUGGUUAAAAAAAAAUUUAAUUGCAAGAAAAAAAGUUACUUUACCAGGGACCAAUUGUCUGUGUAAAAAAUUAUAAAAAGUGCCAUUUGUCCGCAUACAGCAUUUUUUGCAGGGACCAACUAUCCGUUCACCCUAUUUUUUUUUAUUUAAACAUUUCAGCUCAAGAAUCCAGUGGUACUCAAGGAGUCUUAGGUCCUACAAAGAUUUAUUUAGCUGUUCAACCACCAGAUUCUCAAUCCACUCUUCCAAACAGUAAUGCUAGUAAUAAUUCUACAGUCCAAAAUGUUACUAAACCAAUAGAAUCAAAUCCUCAGCCCCCUGUUUUGAAUAAUGUUGCUGAAAGUUCAACUUCAAUUAAAACAGAACAAGUAAAACUAAUGUCGACGCAUGCAUGAAUAAAAUCCUAAUAUAAUAUUUUAUUUUAGUCACUGAAGUCUCCGGUGAAUAAAACACCUGUAGUUAAUGAAGAACCAGUUGAUUCUACAAAUUUUGUAGUGACUCCAAACUAUAUAAGUCAAUGUUAGUAAUAUUUUGAUAAUAUUUAAGUGUAAAAUUAAAAUUGCUUAACAUUACAGCGAUUAAAAAUGUUUUGAAAAAUGAAGAUUUAAACCCUGAAACACAAGAGAAAUUACUACAGUUACAAAAAUAUCAGGAAAAAAAACUACGUGAUCCAGUGUCACAAAUAACUUCAGUAUCUUCUGCUAAGAUACUUUCUGAUAAUGCUGAAAAUUUACCAUCAGAUUUAGAGUCUCCGAAAAAAUCAUCAGAGAAUAAUAAUUCUAGGUAAUUUUAUUUAUUUUUUUUGGUAAUGUUUUUGGAAGGAAGUUUAUUGUUGAUUUAUUUUUAUAUUGGGAUUUUGAAAUUCAAACUCCCAAUUUUCUUCCUUAUUUUUUUUUUUUAUUUACUAUUAUUUAACAAUGGGUUAUUAAAAUUAUAUUCUUACCUACUAAUGAUUCUACUUUUUCUAAAAGAAAAUUUUCAUUUUCAUUAUAUGUAUAGGUCGUCGUUGACAUCUCCUGAACAUUCAAAACUGUAUCAGACAUUAAAACAAGGUGAUGAUCGUAGAAAACAAAGUCAAUCAAAAUUCCAGGUUAGCUUGUUCAAACAAAAAGAAUUAUUGAAAAAAGAUAUACUAAAAAAGAGGGCGCUUCUGGAAAAGGAAUUGCAAAUCGAUAUUCAGGUAUGUAUUUUAAAAUAAUGUUUUUCUCGAAAUUCGGGUUGAUCGAACUUCCUGACAAACAUAAUCUCCUGAGUUUCGAUCCUCAAUUCCGAUUUCAGAAACGUCGUUGCUCGAUUUGAUUGCUUUGUACAAAGUACCAUUGGGAGGGAAGAAAAUAAUUUUUUAAUAUCCGUAAUGUGUCAUCUGUAGUCUGAUCAAUCUUCUGUAAACCACUCAUCUAGAAUGAAGUAUUAAGUUUCAGAAUAUUUUUUUGUUUUAGAUAAUUUAAUAAGAUACACACAGCUCUAAAUUUUUAUAUUGCUCCAAUUUUUCACUUGUUUAUUGAUAAUGAAAUUAUUACAGAUUUUUGAUUUUUAAAUACUAAAAGAUUCAUAAAUAGACAUUUUAUUUCAUAAUUGAUUUGGAUCCAUCACCGAAAUAUAUAAACCUAAAAGUUGGUGAUUUUUUUUAUCAAUAAUAAGAUUGAAAAUAUUAAGGACAAUGUAAUAUUUUUAGACCUGUAUAUGUUACAUUUUCUAAGCAAAAAAUGUCUGAAAAAUUUUCUGAUAUAAUAAAUGUCUUGCAGAGAAUGGUUCACCUGUAUGAACAUUGAGCAAUAUUAUUUAACAAUAUUCUUGUGUCUUUUUAAUUAUUAAUAUGCACUUGGCAUAUGUUACAGAAUGAAAUAGCAGUUAAUGUAACAGUUUCAUCAGCUGAUUCUACAACUACAUCCAAUAAUAUUACAGAAAAACCUAAUCCAGUUACACCCAUUCUUACUCAAAUAACCCCUCCUCCCCAAGGUAGCAGUAAACGAAAACAUGCUUCGGGUCCACCAACUACUAUACAAACUACACCGCAUACUAAUAGUAAUUCCAAAACUAGUAAUAUUGGACCGGGUCGACGACGUCCAGUCAAGACCACUCCGCCAGCACCUAGCCGAAAUGUUUCACGUGCAUCAUCAUUAACACCUGCCAAAAAAUCAAGUCCGAAAAAAAGUAAAAAAGAAAAAAUAAUGUGUAUGUGUCGAACACCCUAUGAUAGUUCCAAGUAUGUGAAUAAUAAAAUAUAUCUUGCAAAUAAUUAUAUUUUAAAUUUGAAAUAAAUAUUUAUUUUAGGUUUUAUGUUGGAUGUGAUAUGUGUCACAAUUGGUUCCACGGUUCUUGUGUCAAUAUUACUGUGCAAAUGUCUAAAAGGAUAUCUGAAUGGUUUUGUCCAGAGUGUAAGCGAUCCAAGGAUCCAGAAGUACUUUAUUGUAUAUGCCAAAAACCAUACGACGAUCAACAGUAAGUAUUCUCUAUUAUAAUUAUUAUUAUGUAUAUAAUUGAGUAAUAAUAAUAUGUCUAUUUUUAGAUUUUAUAUUUGUUGUGACAAAUGUCAGGAUUGGUUCCAUGGCAGUUGUGUUGGUGUAUUACAAUGUGAAGGUGAUAAAAUGGACGACUACAUUUGUCCCAGAUGUAUGCCUAAUUCAGAAAUCAAUUUCGCCAAUUUAAAUCCAUUAAAUCAACAAGACAAUGAAGAUUUACUGAAACUAAUCAAACAAAUACAAGUAAUUAUAACUUAUUUUUGCAUUAAUUUAUAAAUUUUACAUAAAUUUGUUUUGAUGCAGUCACAUAAAAGUGCAUGGCCGUUCAUGGAACCUGUGGAUCCACAUGAAGCUCCUGAUUAUUACAAUGUUGUCAAGGAACCAAUGGGUAGGUUGAUUUUUCUUUCCUCAUAGUUUUUGUAUUAUAUUUUGUCACUUUAAUAGUAUUUUUUGCUCUUAAUAGAUCUGAAUUGCAUUGGUAAGAAAGUGACUAAUAAGAAAUAUAAGACACUCACAGAGUUCAUUCGUGACAUGAUCAAAGUGUUCGACAACUGCAGGUAUUAUAAUCCACGUGAGUCUCAAUUUUACAAGUGCGCUGAAAUUCUUGAGCAGUUCUUUGUAUCUAAAUUGAAAAAUCUAAGGGACAAACUUUGUGAACAAUACAUGGAAGCCUAAAACGAUAAUCAAUGUAUUUGUUGGUUUUAUUUUUAUGUGACCUCUUAUCUAAUAUGUUUUAAUGAUUUUUAUUUAUCAAUACAUUAUCAAUAUUUUUUUUCUUGUUUUUAUUAUUACAUCUUCAAAAAAAAAAAUUCAAGUCAAAAAUUUUGACUAAAUUUAUAAUAAUAAUUUACAUUAUUAUUUGUUAAUUUAUUUUUAUAAUAAUAUUGAACUAAACAAGAAAUAUUAUAUUUUUAUUAGACUCUUAUUUGUUUGUAACAUGUAUGAUUUUAUACGACAGUCACUGCCUAAGCAGCAGCAAUGUGAUUAUUAUUAAUACAAAGUUGCUGUUGUAUUUAGAGCUAACUGUUAUUCUUUUACCUGGAUAACUUUUGUGCCCAAAUAACUUACUGAAGUUAAUGUUUUAUUGAAUAAUUAAUGUUUUUUUAUUCACUCUGACCACUCUCAUUCCAAACAUAAAAAUCAGAUAAUAUAUUUUCAAUGGUAUAGAAUUUUUCUUUUAAAAAAAUUAAAUAAUCAUUUGUUUUAAGACAAAUAUAGUUUUAUAACAAAUGGUGUUUUAAAAAAAUAUUAGAGUCAAAACCAUAUACACUGUAUAAAAUGUUGAUUGAAAUACCUGUAAAUAAUAAAUUAUAGUAGGUAGAACUCGCAUUUGUUUUAUUUUAAAAUACAUUUUUUUUUUUUUGUCGUAAGUAACUGUUGUUUAAUAAUAAUAAGGGUACUGAAUAAUGUUUUCUUAUAUGACUUUUUUUUGUUUUUUAUUUUUUUUUUUUUUUGAUUAUUAUUAAUAUUGUAUCUAAUUGUAAAUAUAAUUAUGAUGAACUUUUUUUAAAUACUUGCUAAUGUAAUUAUUAUUAUUAUAAAUAAAAAUAAAAAAAGAUAUGUUGAUAUAUAUGUAUAAUAUACUGAAAUAAAAUAAAAUUAUUUUUUCACAAAGAAUAUGUAGAAAAACAAUUAGUUUUGUGAACGGAUACCUAAGUAUAUAUAGUGUGUGUUCUACUAAAUGUUUGUUGAAAUAAUAGUGUUAAAUUGACAUUUCCUGUAGAUAGAUAACUUGCUCGCACUAGCAUUUCACACAA